AUGUCUCUCAAGGACGAGGCCUUCCCUUCCUCCGUGGCCUUCGAUGCCAUCAAUGAGUCCCUCGCCUCCAAUGACGCCGAACGGAAAACCGCCAUCAAGCAAGGGGGCGCCGUGUUCACCUUCAAGCUGACAAACAGCAGCGGGAAGCAAGAGACGUGGUACAUUGAUCUCAAGGAGACUGGAAAGGUUGGCAAAGGCGAGGCGCCCGCAGGCAAAAAGGCCGAUGUGACACUCAUUCUUUCCGACGAGGACUUUGCCAAGUUGCUCACCGGCAAGUCGAAAGCUCAGACUUUGUUUAUGAGCGGCAAGCUGAAGGUCAGGGGAAAUGUCAUGAAAGCGACGAAGAUGGAGCCUAUUCUCGCGAAAGCUGGUGGUGCUGCCAAAGCCAAACUAUAG